AUGACUGCAAUUGGAACAUUGCUCGCCAAACAUCGAUCAUCAACAUCAUAUUAUUUAUUAAAACGUCAGCGUCGUCAAGCAAAUUUAUUAACACUUCGUCGUUGUUCUUCAUCUAUUCAUAUUGAUAAAUUAAUAAUGUCAAAAGCAUUAAUACGUGAACUUGAUCUUAAAAUGCAACAAGUUAAAGAAUAUGGUCUUAUAGCACAUGGUUAUCAUAAUGAAAAUGUACAAUAUCCAGUUCAUGUUCGUCGUAGUCAUGAUGGUGAACGAAUUCCACGUUCAUAUCCUAUAUUCGAUAAAUAUUCUAAGACAAAUCGUGUAACUAAUACGACUAUAUUAACAUCAUCAUCACAUGAAAAUCAAACAUCUCUAUCGAAAAGAAAAAAUUCAUCUAAAAGACAACAAAUAUCUACUGAACAACAACAUCAAAGAACAUUUAUAGUUCCACCAAAUAAAACAGUUAAUGAUAUUGAUCCAUCUAUUGAUCGUGAUCAUUCAUAUACAACUGGUCCAUCUAUAACAAGAUUUUAUUAUCAUAGAAAAUCUUCUUCAUCAUCUAUAAAUUCAUCUCCAGUACUUUGUUCAUUACGACCACAUUCAAUAGCUUGUCUAUCAACAACAGAAACGACAACAACAGAAUCAUCUGAAAGUACAAAAACAGAUGAACAACAAAUAAAUCCUUUAUCAAAUUCAUCUCAAUCAUUGAUAAAUCAAUCAACAUCUCGAACACCUAUUAGGACAAUAACACAAAAAUUCUUUUCGAAACUAUUUCAUAAUCCAUCAAAAUCCUGA